CAGCCGCAGUCGCAGCAGCAGCAAAAAGAAGAACGACAGACAGCCGCAACGAUAACAACAACAACAACAACAGCAGCAGCUAGAAGAGGCUACGACACUUCCAAUUGUUAUUUUUUAUUCACAAAUAAUAAAUCAAACACGAUGGCGUACGACUUAAAAAAGGAAUCUGAUGUUAAGGAAUACGUUGAGAAAUUGGGCGUUGAAUAUCGCUUCGGUUGUUACUCGGAAAAGAAACCGGAAGUCUGCCAUCUGCUGGGCGAUUAUCUGGAGGGCAUCAAGAAGGACUUCGAGAAGGCAUCGAAGGUGUACAAAUCGACAUGUGAUGAUUAUGGCUAUGCCAAGUCGUGUUACAAAUAUGGCAACUAUAGCUUUCUGGGCAAGGGCAAAUCGGGCAGCAAAGGCGAACCGCGUGUCGCCUAUCAAUACUAUGAGAAGGGUUGUAAUCUGAACGAUUCGGAUGCUUGUUUGCACUCGGGUCUGUUGCUCGUCUCACGCUCCAUGCCUAAAGAGAUCGAUCGUGAUGUGCCCAAGGGCCUGCAAUUUCUGACCAAGAGCUGUGACAUGAACAAUGCCACCGCUUGCUUCUAUUUGUCGGGCAUGCACAUUUCGGGUGUGCAAAAGAAACCGGAGGAUGCAGCGACAGCAACAAGCACAACGACAACAGCAGCGGCGGCGGGGGGUAAAGCGGCUGGGGUCAAGGACACCGAUUACAUUGUGCUGAAGGACAUGAAGAAGGCAUUUCAAUUUGCGUACAAAGCGUGCGAGUUGCGCAACAUGUACGCGUGUGCCAAUCUCAGUCAGAUGUAUGCUCGUGGCGAUGGCAUCGAGAAGAACGAGAAGGAGGCGGAGAAGUACAAGAAGUUGGCGCUCGAGAUGCAGGACGAGGUGAAGAAGCAACAGGAGACGCUCGGCUUUCAACAGGGCGUCGGCAUGCCCAAUUGACGAUGAUCAAUCCCAGCGAAAAAACCAAAACAAAAAAACCAUCCAACUAUAUAUUUUACUUUAUAUGUAGAGUUAUCUUCUGACCCCCCUCCCCCCCCCCCACACACACACACACAAACACACUUUCAAUGCUCCAUUGUCAUUGCUAUCCACAUAUACGAUACUUUUGUUUUAGAUCAAUUUUCUGUUUCAGUUUUUUUUUUCUUGUAAUCCUAACUAUUUGCUAUCUUAACUUAUAAGUGGGGUUAUUGUUAUAUGUGUAUAUACAAAAAAAAAAUCAGCAUUUGCGUUUUCGGCAUGUGUGUGAAAGAAAGCGAGUGAGAGCGAAAGCGAUACAGAAAGAAAGAAAGAGAGAGAGAGAGCGACUACGUUCGAGGAAGAUAAUGAAAAUUCUUAGUUUUAAUUGUUAAAGUUAAUCACAACAGCAAGCCGGCACAACAUCCCUAUAAUAAUCCUUAAAUAUUCCUACUCCCCGCCCCCCAUCCCUCGUUGACACCUUACAUUAAAGACGAAAAAGAAACAAACUCAAAAUGCC